CAAUAUUGAACUGCUGUGGCACGGUGGUAUGGAAGCAGAAAGAAGACCGAGCAGAAUGAUUACCAACAACAGAGCGAAGCUGAGUUUUGUAAAAAUAUUUUGAAUUAGCAACAAAUUUUUCUUCAUUUUAUAAUUACGGCCUAGUGAAUGAUGUAAUGGAUCUCAGCUUGACAGGCUCACAAAUAGCAUCUCAGAGGAAGAGACCAAGCUCAGCUGGACGUACCCGACCUGGUUCAGCAGGAGGAGGAAGCCAGCCUAGCUCUAGCAGGUCAAACACUUCAGCAAGACGCAGCUCAGAUCACAAGCUGAAAGUGAGCCCAAGUGGAGAUAGGAAGACAGGCCUCAGCAAUGGCUACACUACUGGGUCCAAUAGUGCUGGUGGUGCACGGCCUAAACAUAGGAGAGCAACUAGCAAUAACUUUGAAUUGUCAAGUCAUCGCAGUGUUGCCAGCGAUGUUUCUAGCCCAGGGAGACCAUUGAGAAAAUCACCAGUAUCAAAUAGCAAUGAUGAUUUCCUUGCACUGUUCAACUCAAGUCACAAGCCUAUUAUCCAGAAACCAAGAAAGCUGGACAAAUCCUCAAGCAAAAAGGCAUCAGGUGACUUGACCUCUGCCAGAGCAUUCCAGAUUCCAUCCAGUGCCAGAAGUAGCAGCACUAUCGAUUCAUUUCAAUUAAACACAGACCGGCACGACAUGCCUGAACAACUGAAUAGUCUUGUGAAUUCAGAACACCGACAUCCUGUCAAGGUGGCUGCCACCUUCACUACGACGACAAACAUUUUACGCGAUUCGCAAACCAACUUGAAAAACUCUAACCAGAAUCCAUCUUCUCAGGUAACAAGCAAUAACCAUCACAAUGGACUUUCUAGGAGGCCUCCAAGCCCUCUCAGAAGUUCACAGAAUUCAUUGCAGCUCAGCCCAAGAGAUGAGAGUCGAGCUACGCAAGUAUCAUUGCAGAAAUCCAACUCAAUCAACAAUUUCCCUCCACCUGUCAAUCAGGACGUUGCCGAGGAGUACAUAGCAACGGUAAACAAAGCAGCGUGCACAAUACAGAGAUCUUUCAGGAAGCACUUGCAGAACAAGAAGUCUGGAGAGGAUGAAAUUCGGCGACUGCUGGGCCAGAAGAAACAGCAACGACAGAAAGCAAUGAUGCAGGAACAGAGCUCCAUGGAAGAGGAACAGAGGGCAGAGUUCAUGAAACAAAGAAGACGAGAUGAGAAAGCUAGGUUGGCGAGGCAGGAGGCCAUCAAAGAAUUGCAAAAGAAAAGACAACAGAGGCAAGAAGAUAUCAAGAAAAUGGCAGAGGAUGAAAUAAAAUUUCUACAAAAAAGCGGAAAAGUAUCCAAAGCGCCAGUUGGGAAAGCACGUCCUCGUGCAUCCAGUACAAGUGGUAGGACAUCAAAAGCUCGAACUGAUGCUGGCCUGAGUUCAAAAACACCUGCAAUGGACAAAUCUGAAGGCAGUGCUGGUAAAGUACCUUUGCUUGACCGGCCGGCAACUGCCAGCAGUGUUGGUAGACGUGUGGAUGAAAUUUUUGAGUUAGAAUCAUGUUCUGUUUUCCAGGAGUCAACGACUCAUCGGUCACAAACAACACAUGAAAACGCAGACACGGAUGUGGGAAGCGAAGCAAAGACUAAAACCACACUCACCGACCUACUGGAUACCCUGAAGUUGUUAGAGGAGCCAGUGAGUGGUCCAACACCCAGAGAGGAAACGGAAAAGAAGAAAGGACCAGCAUGGUUGGACAUCUUUGAUAAGGACGAACAGGCUGACGCUGAGGAGAUAGCAGCAGAAUAUGAAAGUCAUAGCCAAGAGGAAGGGUCAAAUCUUCAUAUAGGGGAUAAAGAAGUCUACCUGUCAGCUGAAAAUUUACAUGAUUUCCAGCACUUUAGUGGUCAUACGGACCCCAAGCCCAAGCCAAGUAGUCAACAGCCUACAAAGGCUACCAAGAAUGCCCUUCUCACAGAAGAUAAGCUAAGAAGCAUAAUGACAUUUCUGGAUGAAGUUGAGAAGACUGAUCAAGACACAGUCACAGAUUUUGGCCAGUCCAGGAAGACAACCCCACGGACCAGCCAAUCAUUGGCCUUUGUUCCAUCGGCAGAAGACAUCAGUAAGAUGGAGGAGGCAUCAGCAGCAGCAUCAGAGAUCGCCAACACUGUGCUCACGCAGAAACUGCAACUGGAGGAGAAAGAGAGGUCUUUGAAAAUGCUUCAGAAGUCCUUGAGUCAACAGCGUGAGCUUACAGUUCGCCAUGCUAAGGAGCAAGAUAAGGAGAUGAAGAGAAGAGUGAAUCAUCAAAAGGAAGAAUAUGAAAGCACAAUAAAGAGGCAUUUGUCAUUUAUUGAUCAGUUGAUAGAUGACAAGAAGUUGCUCAGUGAAAAAUAUGACACGGUUUUAAAAGAAUUGAAAGAUGUGGAGAAGAAGUACUCAACCAAGAUUAACACAAUGGAGGAGAGUCAUGGAAGAGAAAUUCAGAAGUUAAAAGAAGUCCAGGCUGCAGCUGAGAAAAUACGCCGAGAAAAAUGGAUUGAUGAAAAGACAAAGAAAAUUAAGGAAAUUACAGUUAAAGGGUUAGAGCCUGAGAUCCAACGUUUAAUUGCAAAACAUAAAGCUGAAGUCAAGAAAAUUAAAACUAUACACGAAGCAGAGCAGUUGCAGUCAGAAGAACGAGCGGGACAAAAAUACAUUAGGCAUAUUGAGGAGUUACGUGAACAACUUGCGGACGAGAAGGACGCUGCGUGCGCACGUGAAAGGGAACUUGCAAAGCAGAGGUACGAGAAGCAACUAGAGCAGGAGGAAUCUGCCUACCAACAGCAGCGUCGUAGGAUGUAUGCAGAAAUACAGGAAGAAAAGGAGAGGCUAUCAGACCAAUCUAGAAGACAGCGACAAGAGAUGGAUAGGUUACAAGCACAGAUAGAGGAAAACAGCCACAAGGGGGCAUUAGUCAUGAGGCAGGAGUUCGAGAAAGCCAGGGAAGAGCAGGAGAGAAGACAUGUGACUGAAGUCAGGGAACUUGAGGAAAGACUUAAACUAGAAAAAGAAGCGUGGGUGGAAAAUUACAUGAAAAAGCAGGAAACAUUGCUACUGUCAAAGGAGAGGGAACUACGAGAACAUGUUCGCCAAGACCGUGACAAAGAGAUUGAACUUGUGAUUCAAAGAUUGGAGGAUGAUGCAACGGUCACACGUGAAGAAGUUGAGAGAACUGCAGAGAAUAGAAUAAAACGUAUACGUGAUAAAUACGAAGGUGAACUACGAGAGAUGGAGUUAUCGGAGAGAAACACGCAGGAGCGUUAUAACGAUACAAAGGCAAGGCUAGCUGAUGUAGAGGGCGACAACAUCCGCUUGAAUUCGCUCAUCAAGCAGAAACAAGAGGAUGUAAACAGCAUUAAACAGGAAUGUGACACACUGUCUAAGGAGAGGAAAAAUGUACAAGAAGUUAUCCGACAAGAGUUUGCAGAUCGUCUGGUUGCCACUGAAGAGGAGAACAGACGUCUGAAGAAUGAGAUGUCGGAAAUGCGAGCAAGGCACAAACUAGAAAUAGAGAGAAUCGAGAAGAGUAAGGAGGAGGAAUUGGAGGAAGUUCAUAAACGGGUCAAACAAGCCAUUGUCAAGAAAGAGGACACAGUAAAUCAACUACGUCAGCAAUACGAUGCGGCAACGAAACGAGCUGACCACUUGGAAGCGCUUUUGGAACAGCAGCGAAAACAGCUUCUCAGUCUGUCCAAGAAAAAGUGAAGCAAAAUCUGAUGCGAAUGGUUAAAAAUCAGUAUAGAUGCAGACCAGACUGGUUUUCCUCUGAUGUAUGUGCAGUAUCGCUAGAGUAGUAGAUGGAAGGAGGCUUGUUUCAGAGAGUCAAUUAAUACUUAAUUACUUUCUAAAAUAAAGCAUAUUGUUUUCCUUCAUUCUGAGCAUGUAGUUGCUUUAAAAUAUGAGCGUUACAUAUUCACAUGUUUACACCAAUAUUUAUUAACAUCACCCAUAAUAGGUGACAGUUUUUUCAAAGCAACUUUUCUAUGACAUGUUGGUAUACAUUGUAUAUUUUAGUGAAUGCAUAGGUUUAAAUACAGCUGCAUACCAAUUAUAUGAGAGAGGCAUGGAUGAUGUGUAGUGUACUGUAUUUGUAGAACUGUUUCAAUGAUAUCAAACCAAGGAAAAUUGUAAACUUACUGCAAACUUUC